CCUCCCCAACAACAGUUCCCGACCUCCGACGAGAAUUCAAGCUGCCACAUUGAAGAGGAACAAAAAGGCGACCUGGCAGCGGUUUCUACACUCCCUCCACUUUCUCCGGGUAGUCACGGGAUUUCAAUGUUCAGCCUGCUCUUUGGUUUCCGUGUUGACUUGAGCCGCACCUAUAUGGCGUGUGUGAGCGGAGAAUUUUGCCAGGCUCAGCACCUCACCUGCGCGGAGAAGUGAAUCGGCCGCCCCCUGAGGGACUACGCUACCCAGAAACCCCCCUGACCGCCAACUCAUUAGGAACUGCUGACUCUUCCAAAGGCCCUCCCCUGGGAUAUUGCAUAGUCCUUGGCCAGACUGCCCUGCGUGUCCCAACCAAUACGAAAAGACCUUUGCUUUCCGCUUUCUCCUCGAACAGCCAAUCACAAACAGCUCUCCUGAAUGGGCCGUCUCGCCAACAUGAACCGCCCCGCUGCAGUCGAGAUUACCCACGAGGGCAUGAGGUUCCUCAUCACCCACAACCCCACCAAUGCCACGCUCAACAAGUUCACCGAGGAGCUGAAGAAGUUUCACGUGAACACACUGGUGAGAGUUUGUGAAGCCACCUAUGAUAAGGCUCCGGUGGAGAAGGAGGGAAUACAAGUUGUGGACUGGCCUUUUGACGACGGUGCCCCUCCUCCCACCCAGAUCGUGGAAGACUGGCUCAAUCUGCUCAACGCCAAGUUUCGAGAGGAACCCGGCUGCUGCAUCGCUGUGCACUGCGUGGCUGGGCUUGGACGAGCUCCAGUCUUGGUGGCCUUAGCCCUCAUUGAGAGUGGGGUGAAGUACGAAGACGCCGUGCAGUUCAUAAGGCAGAGGAGACGUGGAGCCUUCAACUCCAAACAGCUUCUUUACCUCGAGAAAUACAAACCCAAAUUGCGUCUGCGGAUCAAGGAUACCAACGGCCACAACUGCUGCGUGCAGUAGGCUGCCUGUCAGUGCAUCUUUCUUAUGCGCAUCUAGUGGGGUUUUCUCUUCCACCCAGGGAAGAUAAAAAAAAAAUGAAGAGUGCUAUCAGUAAUUAUUGUGAUGAUUUGUAAACACUGAGUCAUGGUUAUUUGAUCAGAGAGCAAGCCAGUGAGCGAAUGAAUGAAUCCAGAUCUGGGGAAUCCACCAGCCGAACCAAUGAAUGGAAGGUCAAAGCACACAGAAAGGCCCGCCUCCCGGUUACACUGUUCAACCACGGGCCAGUUUUGUCAACUUGAGUCCAUCCUGUUUCUUUAUUCUUUUUUUAUUUCAGUUGUAAUCAUGGGAUAACAAUUUUUCCACUUUGUGAAUUUUUAUUUUUACACGAGCAAUGGUGAUGAGAAGAUGUAAUGUCAAAUGAUACUCUGAUUUUUACUUCCUCUAAUUAUUGAUAUAAAGAUUAGGCCAGAAUAAUGUACCUUUUUAAACCCUUUUUAAACUUUGAACACAUACUUCAACUGUCCAUUUUGGUAUUGGGGUGUUAUUUUUUUUUAUUUUUUGCACAAAAACUCAAAAGUUCACCUGAAAAUGCAGUAAUGUUAUUUUUUCCUCUUACCCUUCACUUUGCUUAAAGUCACUUUCAUCUUAGGGGUUCACUGAGUUUGAAUAUGUCAGAUAUUUAUUCACAAGAUAUGAUAUGUGUGGCAGUGAUGAGUUUAGCAGGGGCAAGGACACUUUGUUAUCCAAUACUUUUGUUUUCAUUUUUUUAAUCCUUCAAGAGCCAUGUCUUUUUUUUUUUUCUUCAUUUUUUUUAAGACCUUGUUGGAGUGCAAUAAUCAGUCCACCUCAGAUAAGCCCACCGGACCCUGCUGAGCAUUUUAUACACAGACAUACACUUCACACCUUCAUUCAGACAACACAAACAAACAGGAAAAACUACAAACAGGUACGUUACCUGCUUGGAUUCAUCAAAUGGGCUACAAUAGGACUUCCCUAAAUAUGCAGAAUUAAAGCCACACACAGAGCCUACGAUCCAACCUGAAAGACAAUGUGGAGAAGAAUGGAAAUGGUCAGUUUUUUAUCAUUGUACCCAUUUUGAAACAUCCCCAAUUCGUAUUGGUUCUUUAAAGAUAAAUAAAUUGAAAUAAAAAGCAAA